UAGACGACCAAACAUCCCCCACCAUCCUCCGCAGCCACACUAAAAAAAAGCAGCUGCCUGCCAGAGAUUUUUAGAAUCUCUGUGCAAGACAGAAAAAGCUAUGUGUCUUGCUACAAGUUGCAACCUGUUCUCAACAUUACAUAUGUCGAAUAUGGCCACGUUUAAAUUGUGUUUUUUUUUAAAGCCAUGAACGUUUUGGGUUGUCGUCUACCAAAUCCAAGUAUUCCCGUCUUCAGCCGAGACGAGCGUUUCGCCUUUGAAGAAAACAACAGCGAUUUACAACUUGCUGAUACGGGUCGAACAUCAUGGCAACCUCCCACAUUCUCUUCAUCUGCCUCCUCCUCAUCCUACCAGUUUUAUCGCAGGAGCCGCCCACCUCUAGACAAGCCUUCUCCCAGAUCCGCCCCCAGAUCUCCGGCUGUGUCUCCCAUGACAUGAACACAUUCCGCUGCAGAUGGAAUGUCGGAGUAUUCCAGAACCUCACAGAACCCAGAGACCUGCGGAUAUUCUACUACAUUAAUGAUAGGAACACAUCUCCCAAAGAGUGGGUUGAAUGUCCUCGCUACGCUGACAGGACAGACGAGUGCUUCUUCAAUGAAAGCUACACGAAGGUCUGGAUGACCUACAGUGUCCAGCUCCGCUCUGGCGAUCAGGACAUUCUCUAUGACGAGGUCAUCUUCACUGUGGAAGACAUCGUGGAACCAGACCCUCCAAUAGCGCUGAACUGGACCCUGCUGAAUGUGGGUCUAACCGGGAGCCACUUUGAUAUCAUGUUGAGCUGGGAACCGCCACACUCUGCAGACGUGUCGAUGGGCUGGAUGACGCUGCAGUACGAGGUGCAGUACCGCGAGGUCAACUCAACACUGUGGAGGACGAUCCAAACAACGACUGUUCUGGACAAAGGACACCUUGUCCAACAUUCUGACGGAAGAUCACCAAAAGUGGACCUUGAAAAGGGAAUGCAGCGAUCGCUAUACGGGCUGCGCACCAACACAGAUAAUGAGGUCAGGGUGAGGUGCAAGACGCUAGCAUCCCGUAACUUUGGGGAAUUCAGCGACUCCAUAUUCAUACACAUCCCUACUAAAGAGUCGAGACUUCCAGUUACUGUCCUGCUUGUCUUUGCUGCUUUGGGUUUUGCAGUCAUCCUAUUGCUGGUAAUCUAUUCCCAGCAACAGAAGUUGAUGGUGAUUCUCCUGCCUCCAAUUCCUGGUCCCAAAAUCAAAGGCAUCGACCCAGAGCUUCUUAAGAAAGGUAAGUUGGCUGAGCUGACCUCCAUCCUGGGCGGCAUCCCUGACUUGAGGCCAGAGCUGUACAGCGAUGACCCCUGGGUGGAGUUCAUCGAGCUGGACAUGGAGGAGCCCAACGACAGGCUGACUGUGCUGGACACCCAGUGCUUGAUGGACCACUGUGCCUCCUCAGACUGUCCCCCUAUCACCAUUGGCUUCAGGGAUGAUGACUCGGGCCGGGCCAGCUGCUGUGACCCUGAUCUGCCUGACCUAGAGGCCUCCCCCUUCCACUCCCUCCUCUCCAACACCAGCCGCGCCCUGGAGCCCUCUUCCCUGGCCAGUACUAAGGCCAGCUCCUCAGUCCAGACCCCCAACACUGAGGAUUCUCCCUGGGCCGCCCCUGGCAGGGAGGACAUCUACACCCAGGUGAAUGAGGUGAGACCAACUGGUGAAGUGCUGCUGACACCUGAGGAGCAGAGGAAGGUGGAGGAGAAUGCAGAGAAGGAUGAGAAGGAAAAGGAGAAAGAGAAGAAGAGGAAAGAGUUUCAGUUGCUGUUGGUGAAUGCUGAUGUGGGAGGCUACACCUCAGAGUUAGAUGCUGGGAAGAUGAGUGCCAGACUCCCCACUGGGAGAGCCAGCCAGCCUGCUCCAACGGAGGACAGUAGUCUUGUGCAGGGACAGCCCUUCGGGGAGUACCAGAGCCUGUACUUUGAGGCUGAAAGGCCCCCCAUUCCACCUGCCUCUCCUGUCUCCCCACUGCCCCCUGUAUCUGCCUACACCAUGGUGGAAGGAGUAGACAGGCAGAACAGCCUCCUUCUGAAGCCUGGACCCACACCUGCACCCCAGCCAGUUCUAACCAAGCUUCCCCUGCCCACACCUACACCAGAGGGGUACCUGACCCCUGACCUACUGGGCAACAUUACACCAUAACAGAGGUGUAGGGACUAUGCCAGUCAUUUGUGAUUGGACACAGAUCAGAGGGGGCAUGGGAAUUCAGUGCCUGAGUGAUUAAACAUCAAAAGAGUAGGGUCCCAAAUGUCAUACCUACAAAAAUGAGAGGGGGUCCCUGCCUGCCCCCCCUCUUCCCGUUCCUUCUCCCAACAUGACAGCUGUAGACAUUUUGAGGUUUGGUAAGAUGGAUGGUGAGUACAGGAGAGGGGUCUGUUCUUGAAGGUGCCACACCUGUCUGCAAAAACUGAGUGAACAAAGGAAAUAGGGAACGGACAAGAAGGAAUUAUGGUCUCUCACAGGAACUGGCCAUAUGAAUCUCUUCACAUAUUAUGAAUGUGAAAUAAAAAUAUAUAUUUUGAAGAACAUCACCUACAUGUGACUUUAAAUGCCAUCACAAGGAAAAAUUCUUAAUUUAGUGUUGUUGUUGAUAAUGAUGUUUACAAUAAUCCCAAUAAUUGGUCUUUACAACUAUGAAAAGUAUUUACAGAUCUCAAUAUUUUGUCAAAAGGGAAGUAUUUGGUGACCAAAAGUGGGAAUCUACCAUAUGUGUUCUGCUGAUUGCCUGUGGCUUUUCAACAAGUCUAAAAUAGUAGGACAUUAUGCUUACUGAAUGUUUGCUGUUAUUUUGCAUAUAUACAAAAUGUGUGAUUAUAAAAACAAGAAAAAAUAAUUAUGUUUACUAUGUUGUAGUCUACCACUUACAAAAAGGGGACUAUCAAAUGUCAGAAUAUCCUUCUGGAGAUCUCUAAAUGCUAAUGGUUCUUUAUUGUACAGCUAUAAUGUUACUCAUAAACAUCUUUCACAUUUAAA